AUGGUGAUCCCUGGAAACAUGCCCUCUGCUUUCCCUUUCUUUCUCACUUUCAAACUUGUUAGCUCAUGCUCGACUAGCUCAUUUUUUCAUAAAUCUUUAGGUAACCUUAAUUUUCGUUCAAAGUCGGUCACGAUGGCAAAGGGAAACAUCUUCGUAAGAUUCAAAAACUACAUUGUGGAGACAAUCAGUGAUACGUACCAUCACAUUCGCGAGCUACGUGCGGAAUGGAAUCGCCAACAAGGACGUGGUUAA